AGCGUGUAACCAAUGUUGAAACAUACAUUUGUCCAUGGAAAUGGAAUAACAAGUUGUUCAGUGGAUCUAUGGUUGAACAAGUUGUUCAGGGCAGGCCAUGGUUGACAUUUUGAACAAAACUGCUGUGCUGAGAACAUGGGCUGCAGAGGGUUGGUUGCCUUACUGGACAUCGCUUAAUAAAGUGUAAGAGAUCUGAGAAGAAAAAGGUAUCUUCUAGUCCAGUGCUGUAGCGACUCCAGACCAACCAUGUGAUCGUUAGAGCAUCCGAUGUAGCUGUCAUGAGGUACGUCCACAACCGAACCCGGCGGAAAGCUCAGCUCAGAAAGGACCCGUUGACAACCGCUGGCCUUUGACACAGGAUCCUCUCCGUGACUCUCGUAACAACCCCUCUCCCCUAGUGGGCACACAGACCUCUGCCAUCACCACAGUGUCUCCUCGCAGAGUGGACCUUCAUCCUACACCACACUCCUCAUCCUCCCACAUAGUCGGCUAGACAGGAGGUUAAUUCACAAAUGUCUACCUCACGAUUAAAAGGCCCCUCUCCACCACUGCGACCCUGAACAGGCUACAAGAUGACUUCCAGCAUAGGCGGGGAUGACGCAAGCAGUAUCUUUGAUGGGUUAAUGGAAGAAGAUGAAAAGGACAAAGCAAAACGAGUAUCCCGUAACAAGUCUGAGAAGAAGCGCAGAGACCAGUUCAAUGUCCUCAUCAAGGAGCUGGCUACCAUGUUGCCAGGCAACACUCGGAAGAUGGACAAGUCUACCAUCUUACAGAAGAGCAUCGAUUUCCUGCGCAAACAUAAAGAAAUCGCUGCGCAGUCAGAGUCAAGUGAGAUCCGACAGGACUGGAAACCUCCUUUUCUUAGUAAUGAAGAGUUCACACAGCUGAUGCUGGAGGCGUUAGACGGCUUCUUCCUAGCAAUUAUGACUGAUGGGAACAUAAUCUAUGUCUCAGAGAGUGUUACAUCUCUACUGGAACAUCUUCCUUCUGACCUGGUGGAUCAGAACCUAUUGAACUUCCUGCCCCUGGGGGAACAUUCAGACGUGUAUAAAGCCCUGUCGUCUCACAUACUGGAGGGCGAGACGCUAACGCCUGAGUAUCUCAAGACUAAAAACCAGUUAGAAUUCUGUUGCCACAUGCUCAGAGGGACGAUUGACCCUAAAGCUCCCCCUGUGUACGAGUACGUCAAGUUCAUAGGAAACUUCAAGGCCCUGAAUAAUGUACCUAACUCAACUCGAAACGGCUUGGAAGGGGUGAUCCAGCGUUCACUCCGGCCCGCUUUUGAGGACCGAGUCUGUUUCAUAGCAACUGUGAGAUUAGCUAAACCACAGUUUAUUAAGGAGAUGUGCACUGUGGAAGAACCCAAUGAAGAAUUCACCUCCAGACACAGCUUAGAAUGGAAGUUCCUCUUCUUGGACCACAGGGCUCCGCCCAUAAUAGGUUACCUGCCGUUUGAGGUUCUGGGUACAUCUGGAUAUGACUACUACCACGUGGAUGACCUGGAGUCACUGGCCAAAUGCCACGAACACUUAAUGCAGUAUGGGAAAGGGAAGUCGUGCUACUACAGGUUUCUCACCAAAGGGCAGCAGUGGAUCUGGCUCCAGACUCAUUACUACAUCACCUACCACCAGUGGAACUCAAGGCCUGAGUUCAUUGUCUGCACGCACACUGUCGUCAGCUAUGCUGAGGUAAGGGCUGAACAGCGCAGGGAGCUGGGGAUUGUUGAGUCACCGCCGCCAGAAAUCUUUGCGGUAGAUAAGGACUCUGGUUCUGAGUCUCAACACCAGCUCAACACCUCCAGCCUGAAGGAGGCCCUGGAGCGAUUUGACCGCAGCCGCACGCCCUCCACCUCCUCACGCAGCUCCCGCAAGUCCUCGUCCCACACCGCCGUCUCCAAUCCAGCCUCACCUAAGCUAAAGACAGACAGGGGUACACCAGGAUGCCAGUCCGUCUCUGCUAUUGAGAUGACAUCACAGCGAAGGUCGUCCGUCAGCAGUCAGCAAUCAAUGAGCUCCCAGCACACCCAGAAUACAGGGCAGAACAUGGCCCCAUCCAUUGUUUCACAACAACAUCAUCAACAGCAACAGCAGAGGCAGCAACAACCACAACGGCAACAGCAGCAACCACCACCACAACAGCAGCAACCACCACCACCACAACAGCAGCAACCACCACCACCACAACAGCAGCAACCACCACCACAACAGCAGCAGCAACCGCCACAAGAGCAGCAACCGCCACAACAGCAGCAGCUGCAGAUCCAGCCCAGUGUCCAGCCCAUGGUACAGUUCUCCACCCAGCUGGAUGCCAUGCAGCACCUGAAGGAUCAGCUGGAGCAGAGGACCAGGAGGAUUGAGGCCAACAUCCAGAGGCAGCAGCAAGAGCUCAGGCAGAUCCAGGAGGAGCUCCAGAAGGUGCAGGGCCAGGGCCUACAGAUGUUCCUCCAACAGGGUGCAGGUGGGCUGAGCCUGAGCUCUGUGCAGCUGGCCCAGGGGACCACCAUGCAGCCAGGUAGCGCUCUCAACAUACAGGGUCAGGUGGUGUCUGCAGGCAACCUGCAGGGCAGUACUCAGCAGCAGCACACGGUUCAACGGCAACCUCAGCAGCAGGCCCAGCCUCAACAACAGAACCUGCUACAAGACACCAGCUCUGUCCUCUCACAGUCUUCUGUGAGGUCGACUCACUCUCUGCCGCCCCAGCAGAGUGCCCUGCCGGCCUCCCUCUACAACACCAUGAUGAUCUCUCAGCCCAACCAGGCCAAUGUGGUCCAGAUAGCCAACAGCUUAGCCCAGAACAACAGCAACAACACUGCUACUGUGGCAACCUUUGCCCAGGACCGCUCGGGACAGAUCAGGUUCCCAGCUGGCUCUCAGUUGCUGACUAAGCUGGUGACUGGUCCGAUGGCGUGUGGAGCGGUCAUGGUCCCUACGACCAUGUUCAUGGGCCAGGUGGUGACAGCGUUCGCUCCCCAACAGGGCCAGACUCAGACAAUCAGCAUCGCCCAGCAGCAGCCUCAGCAGCAGGAGCAGCAGACGCAGGCGCAGUCUCAGGCCUUAGCCACACAGCAUGGACAGGCCCAGCAACAAACCCAGUUCCUCCAGGGCCCUCGGCUGCUCCAUGGAAACCAGUCCACUCAGUUGAUCCUGCAGGCGGCGUUCCCGCUGCAGCAUCAAGGCGCUUUCACCACCACGCAACUGCAGCAGCAGCAGCAACAACAACAACAGUUACAACAGCAACAUCAGCAGCAACAGCAACAGCUCCAGCAGCAGCAACAACAACAGCAACAGCAACUCCAACAACAGCAGCAACAGGAGCAGCAGCUGGCCUCUCACAGGGCAGGUAGCAUGUCAGGUCGCUCCAGCACACAGCCCCAGUAACCUGGCAACAGCCAAUUAGACAUGUGGACUGAACCAAUACAAGGUCUGUGUGUUUGUGUGAGGGGGUGAAGAGUUAUAGUGGAUGGAUCAAUAGAACUUGGGAACGAUUGGCGCUUCAGAGAGAAAACAAUGCUGUGCUGACAGUGAGCACAAGGUCGCUCUGCCUCACGGCCAUUCUCAGAACUCUUACCUCACAGAGACCUCCACUCUGUCCAGGUCCCCUCACCACGGUGGCAGGAAGAGGAAACCCUGGUCCCGCCAGUGUUUGUCCCCUCCCCUGUCCUCGUCUUGUGUGUUCAGUGUGUGCUCCGGUCACCCUCACAGGAUUAAUUUAUGCAGGAUGAUCCAGUCGACACACUGGAGCUUCAAUCCAGGCUUCAAAGAAGUCCUACGGAACAGACAGCAAACAGAUUCCUUGUGUGUAUUGUUUUUCCUCCUAUUUUUGUUUUUCAUGUGAAAGUAAUUAUGGGUCAGAAAAUAUUUUUAAGAAUGUCAUGUGGAUUGUACUUUUAUUGUACAGAACACAUGUAAAAUAAUAUGUAAAUAUAUGGACAAAAAGAUAACUAAUAUUUUAUAUGAUGCAUGAAAUGAAAAGCGUAGUCUGUUAUUUGUAGCUUUGAAUAUAUAUAUUUUUAUCUAGUACUCUAUGAAAGAAAGCAAACCUAACACGCUUAAUGGCAGAUCUUUUCACAGACUUCCUUCUUCUCAGGGGGGAGCCUGCUUAGCGGACACCGCUGAUGCUGCUCGUCAUGUCACAGUUUGUUUCAUCCUCUUCCUCACUUUCAAUGUCUUGGUAAAGGAAAAAAAAUGUUUUAAAGUUACAAUAUUUUUUUAGAAUAUACAUUGUGGUCCAAAGCAACAUGUUGAGGACUCUAAAUAGACACAAUACUAGUCAAAACAAUAUUUUAAAUAGUUAAUAAAGCAAAGACCCAAAGUUGACCAAAUAGACUUUAAAUGCAUCCUAUGGAAACCCUAUGAGUUCAUUCUUUACUCGGCCAUAAUGCCUCAUGCCAAAAGCAUUUUUUUGUUUAUUCAAACCUGUGGCAUUAUGACUGUUUUAAGGAGUGGUCACAUAACACUCAUAGUGAUGCAUGAAUAGUACCUCUAGAUACAGGCUAUACUAGGGCCAAGUCAUAAUGCUUUACAAUACUGUAGUUAUUUUAGCCCCGAAGGCUUAAUGUGUAGAAAAUAUAAGUAUUCUCAUAGAAAAAGUAUCUAUUCAAUGCCGUUUUAAAUGGUCAAAAACACUACCUUAAACUAAGAAAUGCAAUAUACGCUUGUGAUUUUUCCGCACAAUAUCAUAUAUUAGCUCUGUUAGAAAUUGUAUGAAUACUGAAUUAUUUUAGUGUCUGUUCUAUGAAUGAAAUGCAUCCCCUUAUGUCCAUACUUUCUCCUGUCACUUACAACCAACAACUACAGCAUGUUUAUGACCUUGAUCUCCAAUGAAGCUUUUUCUGGGUCAGAACAAACAAAUGAUUGAUAUUUGUCCUCUUUAGAGGAGAAAUUAAUGAAGGUAGAUCUCAUCAAAUAGGUGUUAGGACAAAAUGCCACCAGCGAUUGUGGCGUUCCGAGUUCAUCUUCAUGUGUUCGUGAAGUAAUCUUGUAUGUUUGUCUGAAGCCAGUGACGUAGGUAUUACACUGUGGGGGGAUAUGGUCUUAAUCAAGACGUUAAACUGCUAAUCUGACCUACUGGGGUCAUUCAUUAAAGUAAACGUAUAGCACUUAUUGAAACUCUGGCUACUGACGACUCUAACAUUAAGAACCCCCUACAGACAGUACUCUUCACUUCUUCUCAGUUGUUCGAUUGCGAGAAGACAAACUACACUACUGGAAAUGUUUCCUAAGGCUAGGCCCAGUCCAGACAAGAACAGAGAAAAUGCUGAGGCUAUUUGAUCCUAGAACGCAAAUGACCUCUGAAACAAGUGAAACUGGUGUAUGUUGGACCUGCCAAAAGAAUGGAUUGAAACAAUUAUCAUACGGUUAACAGAUGUUGUCUAUUUGAAGUUUUUCUUCUCCUGCUGCUCUGCUCCUCCUGUCAGGCAGUACAUAUCACCAUGUAACUGUGUUGUAAGGCUAUAAGGUGAUGGUUAUAUUGUCGUGCCAUGGCAAAUUUAAAACAACUGUUGUUGAGUGGGGUCCUAUGGAUUGGUUGUACUAUAUGUUGCCAUAUUAACUUCCAUAGUGGAUUUCCAGGUUUCUAUGGUGAAUGUUGUCAAGUGAGGUUCUUGGGGAUUGAGCCUCUGGUUUUCCCAGUUGCUUGUUUGUUGUCAGGGGCUUCUGCAGAAUGGCACUUUAGUAGUAGUCGUUAUGAAUCUUCACUUACAGUAGAAUGAUCAGGGAGCAGGUCAGCUAAUUUCAUCUCUAUAAAAAAUGGAUUAUAUACUGAACAAAAAUAUAAACGCAACAUUUCAGGAACGGUGUCCCUUCCAUGGGACGGUUGAGCUAACAUAGGCUAAUGUGAUUAGCAUGAGGUUGUAAGUAACAUUUCCCAGGACAUAGACAUAUCUGAUAUUGGCUGAAAGCUUAAAUUCUUCUUAAUCUAACUGCACUGUCCAAUUUACAGUAGCUAUUACAGUGAAUGAAUACCAUGCUAUUGUUUGAGGUGAGUGCACAAUUUUGAACAUGAAAAGUUAUAAAUAAACAAAUAAGGCACAUUUGGGCAGUCUUGAUACAAACUUUUUAACAGAAAUACAAUGGUUCAUUGGAUCAGUCUAAAACUUUGCACAUAGACUGAUGCCAUCUAGUGGCCAAAAUCUAAAUUCCACCUGGGCUGAAAUAAUACAUGAUGGUCUUUCUCUUGCAUUUCAAAGAUGAUGGUACAAAAAAAAUACAAAAUAACUUUUUUUUUCUUUGUAUUAUCUUUUAACAGAUCUAUUGUGUUAUAUUCUACUACAUUCCUUUGACAUUUCCAUAAACUUCAAAGUGUUUCCUUUCAAAUGGUACCAAGAAUAUGCAUAUCCUUGCUUCAGGGCCUGAGCUACAGGUAGUUAGAUUUGGAUAUGUCAUUUUUGGCGAAAAUUGAAAAAAAGGGGCUCAUCCUUAAAGUGUUGGUCCCAUGUUUCAUGAGCUGAAAUAAAAUAUCCCAUAAAUGUUCUAUACGCACAAAAGCUUCUCUCUCAAAUGUUGUGCACAAAGUUGUUUACAUCCCUGUUAGUGAGCAUUUGUUCUUAGCCAAGAUAGUCCAUCCAUGUGACAUGUGACACAUCAAGAAGCUGAUUAAAUAGCAUGAUCAUUACACAGUUACAAUAAAAGGCCACUCUAAAAUAUGCAGUUUUUUCACACAACACAAUGCCACAGAUGUCUCAAGAUUUGAGGGAGUGUGCAAUUGGCAUGCUGACUGCAGGAAUGUUCACCAGAGCUGUUUCCAGAGAAUUGAAUGUUCAUUUCUCUACCAUAAGCCGACUCCAAUGUUGUUUUAGAGAAUUUGGCAGUAUGUCCAACCGGCCUCACAACCUCAGAUCACGCCAGCCCAGGACCUCCACAUCCAACUUCUUUAUCUGCGGGAUCAUCUGAGACCAGCCACCCGGACAGCUGAUGAAACUGUGGGUUUGUACAACCGAAGAAAUUCUGCACAAACUGUCAGAAACCUUUUCAGGGAAGCUCAUCUGCGCGCUCGUCAUCCCUACCAGGGUCUUGACCUGACUGCAGUUCGGCGUCGUAACUGACUUCAGUGAGCAAAUGCUUACUUUCGUUGGCUACUGGGACGCUGGGGAAACGUCAUGUGGGCGAGCGGUUUGCUGACGUCAAUGUUGUGAACAGUGCCCAUGGUGGAGGUGGGGUUAUGGUUAUGGGCAAGCAUAAUCUAUGGACAAUGAACACGAUUGCAUUUUAUCGAUGGUAAUUGAAAUGCACAGAGAUACCGUGACGAGAUCCUGUGGCCCAUUAACGUGCCAUUCAUCCACCGCCAUAAUCUCAUGUUUCAGCAUGAUAAUAUAUAGCCCCAUGUCGCAAGGAUCUGUACACAAUUCCUGGAAGCUGAAGAUAUCUCAGUUCUUCCAUGGACUACAUACUCACCAGUCAUGUCACCCAUUGAGCAUUUUUGGGAGGCUCUGGAUCGACGUGUACGACAUGUUCCAGUUCCCACCAAUAUCCAGCAACUUCACAUAGCCUUUGAAGAGAGAAAUGGGACAAUAUUCCACAGGCCACAAUCAACAGCCUGGUCAACUCUAUGUGAAGGAGUUGCGUGGUGGUGUAUGAGGCAAAUGGUGGUCACACCAGAUACUGACUGGUUUUCUGAUCCACACCCCUCCCUUUUUAAGGUAUCUGUGACCAACAGAUGCAUAUCUGCAUUCCCAGUCAUGUGAAAACCAUAGAUUAGGGCCUAGUGAAUUUAUUUCAAUUGACUGAUUUCCUUGAAUGAACUGUAACUCAGUAAAAUCUGUGAAAUUGUUGCAUUUAUAUUUUUGUUCAGUGUAGAAUAAUUAAUAUUCUUGAUCGUUUGCUAUCUUUUAGUUGAGAAGGAUUGUGUGACACCUGCAUUAAGUUUCACUUUUUUUAUUGGUGGAAGUUGACAAAUAACAUAUUUUCUAUCAAACCUCUGGUAUCACAGCAUAACAUUGUAGAACAUCUGGGCCUUCUAGGGGUCAUUUCCUGCUCUGGUCUCUCACAGGGCUGGUUGGUCUAUUCCAUGUUCAUGUUGCAGUACCUCAUGGCAAAACUGUCCCAAGCCUGCUAGUCUCUGCUUAUUAAAAUUCACGCUUAGUGUGAAUGGUGGUCCCUGUUGCUAGGCUAUUGGUGGUGCAUUGCCCUAUACAGUACAACAAGGCUGGUACUUCUUAUAACCUCAAAGUUAUUGUAUUGCUAGUAAUGCAUAUUGACACAGAUUAUUCAACAAGUUGUAUAGAAACGGUAUAUGUGGCUCUUACUUAAUAGUUGGUUGGUCACUGAUUUUAUGCUGUUUUUUUUAUUAACACAAAUUAAAGUUGCUCCAUCUAGUGAUAAACCUUUUCAGGUACCAUCAGUGGGUCAGGCAGUGCAAUACUUGAAUGAAUGUAAUUUAAUAUCGAACACCAACAUAGCUGUGUAAAAACUGGUAUGCAUAAAGAAAUUAAUAACCAAGUGUUUCAACAGAACACACACCUCAGAUUUUAAGAUUAUUUUUCUAUGGCCAAGCUUGACCUCAAAGGAUAGCUAUAGUAGAUAUUGUCAUACACUGUAAUAUUCUGCUAUCAUGGUGUAGAAAGGGAAAGCAAAAUAGAAAAUAAAUCUACCUAAUGAUUUACCUCAAAUGAGAAAGGAAUUAAACAAACUGUGACAUGCGUAAGAACUAUUGAUCUAAUUUCCCCAAAACAGGAUCGGCUACUUUGAGCUCCUUGAUAAGGACUCACGAGCUCAUGGUUAUGCAUUGAAAUGUUGAAAGGAAGCCUUAUUUAAUAGCAUAUACUGUAUGCCCCCCCUCCAUGUAAUUGGUUGCAAUUGCCAAAUAAAUCUUAUGAAUUCUCUCAAUGUGAUUUGAGAGGAAUGCUAUAUUAAUAUAUUGGAUAAUCUCUAGGAUGACCACAUUGAUGUUCCUUUUUCACAUGUUUACCAGAAGUAUCAAAGUAGGGAUCUCCUAUGUUGUAUCUCAAAAGGCAUAUAUACAAGGUAAUUCAACCCAGACUAUAUGCUAGAUGUGGGAAAGAUGUUUUUAAUGCCCAAUGUAGAGGGUGGUGAAUCAUGUUUAAUGUUCUGUCAUUCUGAUGUACACGCUAGAAGUUCUGAAUGUUUAUCAGUGUUCUAUCAUUUAAUCUUUGUGUGGCGUUCUUUGCAGUACACUUGUUUGGCUCAUGAAAUUAAUCUGUUCAGUACAAUUUCCAAAAAACAUCUAGAACUGGAAAAUGGUUUAUCUUGGCACUAUUGCACAAUUGAGUCCUAACCUAGGGCAGUGUUCCACUUUUUACAUCAGUUCUUGACGCAUAAUUACAUUUAACCAUAGAUUUAGAACAAGUAGAAUGGACAGUUUGUAGUUAAAUGCAUAUCUCAGCAUUUUAUUCAAGCAAUGAAUUCCACAACCUCUGUCUAGUUCUGUGACAUCAGUUGAACUCAAAGUUCGAACACAUCGAUCGUUGAGGGUGCUCAGAAAUCAGUGGAAUGGACCAAUAUGAUAUUGAUAUUUGUUUGGGAGUUUCAUCCCUUGGACCCCGGAGUAGACUUAAAGGAAAAUGCAUUUUAAUGUCCGUUCUACCCCUUCUAUUUCAAUGGUGCUAACCAUGCUCUGCAGCAUAGGUAAAUUAGGUUGUGUGAUAAACCCUGAGACAUUCUGAAGGCAUUUUGCAUUUUAAUGGUGCUGUAAUAUCACUAAGGAGUUUGCUGCUAUAAAUUAAUUUCUAGAGCCAGAUCAUUCCUACAUAAACUAAACAUAAUGGAACCUUUUAAAGCAAGCAGUGCUGCUUGCGCCCCUUAUUACAUUUUAAAAUGAAUAAAAUGUUUUUAAUUGAGAAA